GCUCAAAAUCACAGACUACAGGCUGUAGUCAAAAUGCCGCUCCAAAAUAUUGACAGCCAGCUUUCUGAGUCAUCGAUAGAAUUUCAGAGAAUUAGGAUGCAAAGCUCGCUCAGGUAAAAUAUUUUGUUCGAAAGUAUGAAAGUAUUUCGAAGAACUGAUGAGGAAUAAUGAACCGUUGUAAAUUUUCAGGGAUUACCUUUGCCCAAAAUAUCGACAGUGUAUGAGUUUUGGUUUUUAUAAGUACCUUAUCUCGUGAAAUUAUAUGACUCCAGUCUUCAGUGAAUGGAACCUACUAUCCUUCCAGUAAUUUUGAGUAUGGUAAAUCUUUUGUUAUUCAGCAGGUAUAGAGAGUUUAACUAUUAUAGUAAAUUUCCAUAACCUUUGCAACUUUACAUUUCGUAAAUAUUGGUGGUUCUUCACUUCUUCCUUCAGUAUAAAAACGACAACGAGCAGAGCAGUCGGUUUAAUUUUCGAUUUUGAGUGUUCAGUUAGAGUGUUUCCGUACGAAAUAAAAAAGUAUCAGUGUUAUAUAAAAGUAAAUCUAUCUAUAUAGAAUAAUAUCUAACGCGAAUAAUAAUAAAAUAUAUCUUGUUUAUUGUCGAUCAAAAAUUCAAAAAUGGACAUGAAUAGGAGAUUAUUCCAGGAUUAUCCUCUGCAUGAAACAUGCCUUCAUGGAACGUUCGAGUCUCUGAAAAAAAUGGUGAAAUCUGGCAAGUUUUUCAUCGACUGCGAAAGUCCAACUGGCGUUACACCUAUGGGAAUAGUCGCAGUGAGAUUAUAUGUGUAUCGGCCCCAGGAUGUGGAUUCAAGAUCUGUUAGGGAAUAUGAAAGGAAAAUAAUAUUCCUUCUGCAGAAUGGUGCCAAUCCGUUGAAGAAAUGGUGCGGAGGAACUAUAGCCGACCUGAUAUUUCAAGGAGGAAACCAAUCAAUGAUACACUUGAUGUUCAAGUAUUUCGAAGACGUGAACACACCUCUGAAUUCUUUCGGGCACACAGCGCUCAUUUCGGCUAUCCGAAGAGGAUACUACAAAACUGCCGAAAUGUUGUUGGGCAUGAAAGCCGAUGUCAACAAGGGAUGCUUUGUUAAGGAGACACCUCUCCACCAUGCAGCUUCUUCUGGCAGAGCAGAUCUUUUCCAUCUACUGAUGAAACAUGGGGCAAGCAUGGAGUUGAGGAGCGAUCUGGGAGAAACUCCUCUUCAUUCAGCUUGUUACCAUGCGGAAGAUGAGGAGAUAAUAAAGAUGUAUAUAGAGUGUGAUCGGAAUUUGAACGCAACGGAUAAUGAAGGUUGCACACCGCUGCAUAAACUCUUCAUUAAAUUCUCCGAAACAUCGGCUGUGUCAGAAGGAUUGGUGGAGGUGUUUCUGGACAGAGGAGCCGAUUUGAACGUCAAGGACUGUCGAGGAUUGUCCCCACUCUCUUGGUGUAUCAAGAAGAAAAAUGCACCUGUAGCUUUGCUAUUUCUCCGGAACGGUGCCAACUUAGAUAUUACAGAACAAGAAGCGGUGCCUGUUCUGAAAUAUCUAAGAAGGGUUUUGUUAGAGAACACCCCGCUUGGACAGACCGUGCUCAAAUAUAUAGCUCUGGAGAUCUCGAAGGGCACCAGAAUCAACAGAGCUCUGGAGGAAUAUUUGAGCCAGCGGGAAGGGUUAACUGAAUAUCUGGCAAAAUGUUACCGGGAAAUAGAGAAGCUCCGGAAAAGAAAAAUUAGGAACACCAGCGUCAAUUAUUGGAGGCUUCUUACGAAAUCUGUAGCAGAGUUAGCGAGGUACGCUAAUAACCCUUCAAUAAUUGGCGCAAUGAGAAAAUACCGAGUGGGGACUUAUCCAAUUUACGGUCGAGAGAUCGCCUAUAAGUUUGGCAAGGCAAAAAGGCGACAAAAACUUAUGGCAGUUUCAUCGGAUAUGUUCAACCGAUAUUGGGAGGGAAAAAUGCCAUCACUUUUUGUGAAAAUGGUGACGGAUCAUCUCUCCAUAACCGACAUGGAAAAUGUUAAGGCUGCCGAACAACAUACUAGUUGA